ACAAACAUUUCAACAUGUUCAAACUGUCUGCUGUCAUCGUUGUGCUCGGCGCCGUGCUCGCCUGCAGCAUGGCUGAGGCCAAGCCUCAGGUUCUCGUGGAUGCCGCUCCUGCGGUGGUAACUGCCACCAGCUCGCAGUAUGUGGCACGCAAUUACAAUGGCAUCGCUGCUGCGCCCAUUGUAGCCGCUGCCCCCGUUGCCGCCGCCUACACCGCCCCCGUUGCCGCUGCCUACACCGCCCCCGUAGCCUCACUCGCCUACAGUGCGCCCUACACCGCCGCCUACACCGCCGCUGCCGCCUAUCCGUACUCCGCUUAUCCCUAUGCCGCCGCAUACUCCGCCUAUCCCUAUGCCGCCUACUACCGUUAAGCGCACCACUCAACCACUGAACCACGUCAACCACGACCGGAUUUUCUAUUUGGAUCCUGAUUCUAUUUAACUACACGCAAUUUUAAUUUCCUCUCGGGCAAUUAUCAUUUGCUUAGCCUGUUCCUUUACUCGGUUUUUGUUUCAUCUUUUUGGUUUUUAUUGAUUUUGAUU